AUGGCUCGUGAACGUACUUAUAUUAUGGUAAAGCCAGAUGGCGUCCAGCGUCAUCUCGUGGGCGAAAUUAUCAAGCGUUUUGAGACCAAGGGUUACAAGCUCGUAGCCCUCAAACUCGCUCGCCCGUCAAUAGAUCACUUGGAAGCACACUACGCCGAUCUUGCUGGUCGUCCCUUCUUUCCGUCUCUCAUUGCAUACAUGAGCUCAGGGCCUGUGGCUUGCAUGGUCUGGGAAGGUAACAAUGUGGUUCUUGAGGGCCGUAAAAUGCUCGGUGCCACCAAGCCGUCUGAGUCGGCGCUGGGCACGAUCCGUGGUGACUUUUGUGUUGACGUGGGUCGCAACGUUUGUCAUGGCUCGGACUCGGUUGAUUCAGCCAACAAGGAAAUCAGUCUUUGGUUCCCAGAGGGUCUUGUCGAAUGGUCCUCCAACGAUGACGAGUGGGUGUACGAAUAG